AUGUUCGGUCAGCAUGGUUUUACAAAUAGGGGUGCGAACUCCAUGCAAUCAUUCUCGAACAGUCCGUUUUCAUCAAUUGCAAACUCUUCCACAAAUCAAUCUUCACCUUUCGGCACCACGGGAAGUGCGAGCAGCAAUUUUGGAUCUUUUGGUAAUCAGAGCAGUCCGUUUGCAGCAGCAAAUUUAAAUCAAACAGGAACUGGAUUUGGACAACAUGGAUUUGGACAACAAAAUGCUACUUCAAAUAGAUUUGUUCAGGGUGGUCAAACAACGAGUAACGCCUUUAGUUCAUUCAAGAGUACGCAGUCAUUCCAGCCUUCAUCAACAUUUGGAUCCAAUUCCGUGAAUCAGAAUUUAUUUGCUAACAAUAGUACAGCAGGGUUUAAAGGGUUUAACACGGCGACUCAAAACUCUGUCAGCCCUUUUUCUAAUGCAAAUACUGGGGGAGGACAACUUGCAACAGCACAAACCACGAACGUUCAGUCAACUUUUGGUUCAAAUUCUGCUUUUGGAAAUGCAAAUGCAAAACAAACUGUCAUAAAUUCAUCACCCUUUGGGCAAAUGGCUGCAAAGGCAUCCAAUACCCCACUGUUUGGUAGCAAUAAUAGUAACGCUAAGAAGCCUAGCAUGUCGCCGUUUGGAAGUAUGGGCUCAGUGAGCAAGCCACAAUUUGGGACCAAUACUACACCAUCCUCAUUUGGUAAUAGUACCGCUACAAAUACAGGAUCAGGGUUUGGAUUUGGCACACAAUCAACUAGCAACGAAAGCCCAUUUGGUUCACAGAAUGGUCCAGGGACAAACACAUUUCAAAAUAAUCAUACUGGAUCUGAUGAUAAUGGCAGACAGCAGGUAUCCCCGGGUCAAUCAGGAAACGCUGCAAAUACAACAAUUCAACCCAACAACCUGGGAAAUGGUAUGGCAAAAUACAAACAAGCUCCGGUAGACGAGAAACCAACUGAAACAAAGGACUUAUCCAGUAAUAUCAUUGAAUACUUUAAAGCUGACCAUUUUGAUCUUGGAAAAGUUCCUGACAUACCGCCACCACUAGAAAUGUGUUGA